UUAGCCUCCAAAUGUGCCAUACUCAUUUGUCUAUUCCUUAACCUCCUCACACCUGUUUGGUUCCUAAACAUUAUCCAAAAUAUUUUUACAUUCAUUUUAAUUAAAAAAUAUUUUUAGAAAAAUCUUCAACAAUAAAUAAAGAAAACUAGAUAAUUAUACAUACUUAUGUCUUAGUUACACGUAUACAUGGUUAUUAUAGUAAUUUCAACAUAAAUGCUGUGGAUAACAUUUUAUAUACCUAUAAAUACAAUUGAUUAUCUCCAAUAAAAUCUCAUCAAAAUCAAAGCAAAAACAAAACAAACAAGAAACACAGACACAUAGAAAAUGGCAGGAAUCAUUAACAAGAUUGGUGAUGCUCUUCAUAUAGGAGGAGACAAGAAAGAAGGAGAACAACACAUAGGAGAGGGCCAUGGACAUGGACAUGGACAUGAACAUGGACAUGGUGCUGAGUACAAAGGAGAAGAACAUGGUUUUGGCCAUGGAGAGCACAAGCCAGGUCAAUACCAAGGGGCGGAACACAAGGAAGGAAUUGUUGACAAGGUCAAGCACAAGAUCCAUGGCGAAGGUGGAGCAGGUGAAAAGAAAAAGAAGGAGAGGAAGAAACGUGAAGAUGGUCAUGAACAUGGCCAUGAUAGCAGCAGCAGUGAUAGUGAUUAGAUCUUAAUUCACAUGCUUCAUAAUCUUGAAAGGUAUUUAAUUAAAAAAAAAUAGCUUUAUGAUCCUUUUAUCAAUGUUUUAUAUAUGAUUAUUGAGAAAUUAAAUCUACCUAUUUUU